CUUCCAAAACACCUAGCCCCUCUCUCUCUCUCCCCGAACUAUCAAUCUUUCAGUCUAUCUAUCUCUCUCUCUAUACUUUCUAGCACCCACAUUCAUUCCUUGCUUCCUCCUUUUAAAUCACGAGAUCCCCAUCUCUUUCUUUCUUUCUUUCAAUUGGCCUACAUGUCAUCUUCAACGCCAGUUUGGUUUCAUUUCUUAAUGUGUUGCUGGUGGUCAUGUAGUUGGAGGAGCUAACAGACAUUGUUUGAGAGGGAAGGUUAGAGAGAGUAGGAAAAGCCCAGACAGAAAAAUUGAAUCUUUUUUGGUUAUUCGUAUUCCACGAGAAAUGUCGCAUCCAGGGAAGCCCAUACCCGAAAUAGGGUAUGAUUCUCUGUCCGAUCGGUUUCGCGGCGCUUUGAACUUCGAGCAUAACAAGCCGGAUUUCAAGGAACUCGAUCUGGGUUCGCCGGUCUCGCCCUUGAGGACUCGUGGUCCAGGUGGUGGUGUUGGUGGUGGACCCGCUGCCAGUGGGAUUACCACUACAAGCAGCAGCUCUAGUUCCUCUGGCUCUGUUUCUGGAAAGACCGGGAACAACCCAGUUGUGAAGAGGUCCGAUGGAGGUGGGAACAAUCAUUCCGGUGAGCUUUCUGGCUCGAGCGAGAGUAGUCCGACUGCCUCCGAGAGUGUCCGAUCCGCUGCCGCGGCUCGUAAUUCCAAACCGGGUCACAGGAGAUCGAAUUCCGGCGGUGCCCCAUUAAUAUACUCAGGUGGAAGCGUCACCAGUAGCAGUGGUGGCAGUUCGGUUAAUUCGCCGGUUAUGAAUGUUCUUCCUAGUGGGAACAUUUGCCCCUCCGGCAGGAUUCUGAAGACGGGCAUGGCUUGUCGGAGUUCUACUCGCAGUGACGUUUUGGGGUCUGGGACGGGGAAUUAUGGGCACGGGAGUAUAAUGCGGGGCGUUGGUGGAGGGAAAUUGGGCUCCGGCAGUGGAGGGGAAACGACUGGAGGGAAUGUGACUGGGAAUAUACAAUUCGCCGGGGAAUCAAUGAUGGUGAAACGGGCGAUGGCGAGCUCAGAUCCAGAGGAGAUCAAGAGGGCCGGCAAUGAGCAGUACAGAAGAAGAAACUUUGCAGAAGCGCUUUGUUUGUAUGAUCGAGCCAUUGCCAUGUCGCCAGACAAUGCGGCAUGUCGGAGCAACCGGGCAGCGGCAUUGGCAGGGCUUGGUAGGUUGGGCGAGGCCGUAAGGGAAUGUGAGGAAGCAGUGAGGUUGGAUCCUGGGUAUUGGAGAGCGCAUCAGCGAUUGGCGUCUCUGCAUUUGAGGUUAGGCCAGGUUGAAAAUGCCCGGAAACAUCUAUGUUUUCCUGGACAGCAACCAGAUCCUGUUGAGUUGCAGAAAUUGCAGGCUGUAGAGAGGCAUCUGAAUAAAUGUGCUGAUGCCCGGAAGGUUGGCGAUUGGAAAAGUGCAUUGAGGGAAGGUGAUGCCGCCAUUGCUGCUGGAGCAGAUUCUUCUCCUCAGCUCUUUGCAUGUAGAGCAGAGGUCCUUUUGAAGCUCCACCAGCUUGAGGAUGCAGACUCUGGACUAUCGCGCAUUCCCAAAUUCGAAUGGUCUACACCCUCAUGCUCACAGACCAAAUUCUGUGGGAUGCUUGCAGAAUCUUAUGUCUUCUUCGUUAGAGCGCAGGUUGAAAUGGCAUUGGGAAGGUUUGAGAAUGCAGUUGCAGCUGCUGAGAAAGCCGGUCAUCUCGAUCCCCGCAACAUUGAAAUUUCAAUGAUGCUCAGCAAUGUGAGAUUGGUAGCAAGGGCCCGUGCCCGUGGCAACGAACUCUUCAAUUCUGGAAAGUUUGCUGAAGCAUGUUCAGCUUAUGGGGAGGGCCUCAAGUUUGAUCCUUCCAACUCGGUUCUCUAUUGCAAUAGAGCAGCUUGUUGGUCUAAGCUUGGACAGUGGGAGCGAUCUGUUGAGGAUUGUACCCAUGCUCUUAAGAUCCAACCAAAUUACACCAAGGCCCUUCUUCGACGGGCGGCCUCAAAUGGAAAGCUUGAACGAUGGGCUGAAUCUGUAAGAGAUUAUGAAGUAUUGAUAAAGGAACUUCCAGGUGAUAAUGAAGUUGCAGAGGCUUUAUUUCAUGCCCAAGUUGCACUGAAGAAAUCUCGAGGGGAGGAAGUUUAUAAUAUGAAAUUUGGUGGUGAGGUGGAGGAAGUCUCAGGUCUUGAUCAGUUUAGAGCAGCAAUAUCUUCACCUGGUGUUUCAGUAGUCCACUUCAAGGCACCAUCGAACCAGCAGUGCGAGCAGAUUUCCCCAUUUUUUGACACUCUAUGCCAUCAGUAUCCAUCCAUGAAUUUUUUGAAGGUGGAUGUGAACGAAAGUCCAGCAGUAGCAAAGGCUGAAAGUGUGAGGAUUGUCCCUACCUUCAAAAUUUACAAGAAUGGUAGCAGAGUGAAGGAGAUGAUCUGCCCAAGCCAUCAAGUUUUGGAGUACUCGGUGAGGCAUUACAGUCUCUAGAGCAAGCACAUUCUCCUAUUGUCAUUUCCCCCUCUUGCAGCCCACAAUUCCCAACCCAAUGGGAUCUCCCCCUAUGCCCUUUUAUCCUUGCCAAUUCAUACGAGGAUGUUACCAGUUUACUUCGACAAAACCAGUUACAUAAUAAUUUCGUAGAGCCAAAGACCCAAAGAACCCAGAGAGAGGUAGCGUAGUUCUCUUUUGUUGUUUCUAUUUAUUCUUUCCAUUUUCAUUGCUCUCUCUGUUUAUUUAAUCUUCCAUCCAUCAUCCUCUUUUAUUUUUAAUUUCCCCCCCUGUUUAGGCCAGCCUCAUUCUUGUAUCCUCAUCUUCCUCACCAUGAGAAGAAGCUGAGAAAGAUGUACAAUUAGAGCUGGCUCUUUAGUUGAAUUUCAGAGAGAGAGAGAGAGAGAGGUUGGUUGGUAGAAAAUAUUGUGAACAUGUAUAUAUAAGAUAUAUACCAAAUAUUUGAAACCAUGGGAGAGAGAUUGGAUGUCUGGUCUGGUGGGUAUUAUUGGGUUAGAGAGAGGACGAUCCUGAUAAUGCUAUUGAUGUUGUUGCUUCUACUCUACAAUUUCAUGAAUAAAAGUCUCAAUUUUUUCUUGUCUA